AUGCCUUCAGCAGAUCCCAUGGGACCUGCCCAGCCGGUCGCAGCGAAGCCGUCAACCCUCGCAGCCCCAGCUACACCUGACCGCAACAAGCGAAGAACAUGGUUCGGCCUAGUCACCCCGACUCGCAAGGACCAGCGACGCACGGCAACGCUAUCACAUCAACCACAGCCAGCAGCUGCCCCGACGCCGACGACGCCAAGCAACUCGAAUGGCUUAGAGGAACUCGACGCCACCCCCGAUGCCAAGGCCAUCAACAAGACGCCCGUCCAAAAUCAGAGACAAUGGAAUGACGAAGAUCAGCUGGGGUCCGAACGAGACUGGGACAGCGACCAGGACGGAACUGUCCGUUAUAAAGGAUCCCGCAUCAAGGCCAACAGUGAAGAUGAGCCGAUUCGAAUGAAGGACAUGGCCACACUCGCAACCUUGACCCGUAACAAUACGGUGAAGCCCAAACCGUCAUUCUCACGGCGCAUCUUCUCAAGAGGCGCGACGGAUCGAGACACUCUUCCUGCCGACUUUCUCUCACCGAGCAAAGGACAAAUGCCUACUAGCGUCAUCUCUCCGUCAAAAGUCCCACAGCGCUCCUCGUCUGUUACUUCGUCGAGUAUCCCUGUUGAGACAAACCCCAACCCUCCACCUCCACCCACCAAGCUUGACCUCGAGCGAUCCCCGAUGCCCAAGCCCCUGCCCGAUGUUCCACCAUUCUCGAAUGGUUUCAACCGCGGUCCAACUCUCAACACCGACAUUGCGGGCCCGGCCGACAUUGUCAUCACGCCCAGCAGUCCACUUGAGGAGGAUCCAUUCGAGCACAUCUUCGGCUUGGGACCGUCUGCUCCGAACCGCUCCAUGUCCGCGCCCGUAUCGCCAACGCCGACAAUGCACACCGCUCUGACCAGCCAUGGUAUUCUGGGAGGAAGCUCCAGCGCUGGAACGAGCCCCGGUAUCCCAUCACCAUUGUCCAGAACGCCCGACAUAGAGCAGUCUGCGUUGGGCUUAGGGUUACCUCGUAGCCAUUCGCCGCACUCGAGGGGCUCGUCACCCGGACCCAGGGUCGCCGUGUCUUCGCCGUUACCGCAGAACCCUUCGCCCAAGGUCGCGUUCGACGAGGAGCAGGAUCAUCCGACGUCCAAACCUGGUAGCAGCAAGACUAGACCGCGCAGUUUGUCACUCAUGUUUAGCAAGUCGGGCGGGGAGGUGACAGACGAUGAGGAUUCCGGUACCAGCAAGUUCAGCUGGCUCGGAGUCGGCAAGGUUAUCCGCCGCCGGCGGUCCGACAUGAAGUUGAUGCGGAAACGAAGCGGCAUUCUCACGGACAACGAGAUGAGCAACGACAGCAGCCCGAUGGAUACUACUCCGAAUGGAGGUGAACGCACCCCGGAACACAGGUCCGAGGACACGAAUCGGUCUCGAUCACCGGCCCCCGAGGUUGUGCUGUCUGAUCCUUUCCGACGUAUCGCUCCCUCUCGGUCUCCCGAACCCCCACAGAACGCCGUGCGACAGGAGAAUGGCUCGCAAGAGGUUGGCCCCACGGAUCCAGUACCUGAACACGUACCCGUGAAACCCGAGCCGGUCAUGAUCCCUGUUCGCAACGGUCCCCGACCGCAGUUCUCGAUGAUCCGACCAGCGUCCUCUGAUUCAUUCGCAUCGACGUCCGAGCAGGAGUUCUAUCCAGCCCAGGAGUGGAGUGACAGCUCCAUCGCAGAGAGCCCGAUGAACGAGAUCGACUUGACAGCUGCCCAGGCAGGCGCUGACUGGCUCAUGACGAAGCCAUCCAGCGCUGCUUCUCCCUUGGGUUCACUACCAGAAGGCAGCAUGGCUCCACCCAUCACGACAACAGUUGCGGAUGCUUCGCCCGUGCCCGAUGUGGUGACACCAUCGACGUCCAUGCCACCUCGACAUGGCCGCGGCCGAUCAUUAUCGGACGCUGCGCGUACCAGCAUUCCGGAGGACCCUGGACUGCUGUCGCCUGACGGUGCACCGGUUCGUCCUCCGUUAUCCAGUCGAUCAAGCUCUAGCAACUCUGCUGUGCUGGGCAAAAUGCGUGGCGUGUUCACUAAGAGCAGCCGUCCGCGGAGCAACAGCUUACUGCGGUACACGGGUUCUGGUACCAGUGCUGAUGAGCGGGAAGACGGUCGCCAAACCCCUCACUCGCGACCUGGAUCCGCGUCAUCGUCGUUCGCCCCUUCGCCUGCUCUCCCGCCUGUUAGGAUUCGGCCAGAGGACGUUCCGCAGGUAUCUACACUUGCACUGCAGUCGGGCGAUGACGGCCGAAGGAUCAUUCUGACGGAAACGCCACCAAGAUCACCCCGAUCGUCCUACGCCGCGUCGGUGACGUCGUAUCAGACGCAGUCGACUGUGCAGACUGCGCAAUCCAACCGCCGGUCCGCUACUGACAACUUGAUGCCGGUGACGAACGGACGAAACCGACGAGCAAGAGCUUCCACUAUAGCGUCUGGUGCCAUAUCGUGGCAUGGAUCGACGUUUGGAGGCUCCACACCAGCCCUCGUGGCACCCCCACCUACGUCGUUCUCGCCGACAUCGCCCGGCGGCUUGCAGCGGACAGGCUCUCUGCGGCGGCUUUCGCAAGGUCUCUUCCGUGGAUCGGGACCUUCUUCGCCUAAGCCACAAGGGGCGUUCCCACUGCCACCCCGUCCAGUGACUCCCACGAUUGCCCUGAACGACGAGAUCCCGCAGUCGAUGGGCACACCCGGACGCAGCAGCAGCGGCGACGUUUCACUGCAGGGGCGAUCCUCCACUCCCCAGCUUACGGAGAAAGAGAGGAAGGAGCGAGACGCCGAGCUUCACCCGCGACCGGGAGAGAGUGCAGAGGACUGGCUGGAGCGAUUGGAGAGUGUCAGCCGCAAGGAGGUCGCCGGUUUGCUCGCCGAAAGCGCUGACCCGUUCCACGCCGGUGCUCUCGCCGAGUACAUGCGCCGAUUCGACUUUACGCACAUCCCGCUGGACGUCGCGUUGCGCCGUCUUUUAAUGGUCAUGUCUCUGCCGAAGGAGACGCAGCAGAUCGACCGUGUCGUCGAGGCGUUCUCGAAGCGCUACGACGAGUGCGAGGCGAAUCUGUUCGGUUCCACGGACAAUGCGUAUGUGCUGGCGUUCUCAAUGAUGAUGCUGCAUACGGACGCCUUCAACCGUCACAACAAGAACAAGAUGACCAAGGCGGAUUACGUGAAGAACACACGGCUGGACGGUGUCUCGCCGACGGUGCUCGAGGCGUUCUUCGACAACAUCACGUUCACCCCGUUCGUCUUUAUCGACGACGACGAGGAGGCUGCUCUUGCUGCGGCGGGCAUGGCGCCGUCUUCUUCAUCGCGUCCCAACCACUCUGGCAAGAUCGACGUGUACGACCUCAUUGUGGGCGGCCAGCUAGGUUCGCUCCGUGUUGACGUCGAACGGUACAUUCCUCCCGACAGUCCUUUCUCGUGCAUGGGCACACGGCAGUUCCUAGAUGUCGACCGCCUGCAAAAGGCUUUCGCGAAUGCUCACCCGCUGCAGUUUGUAAAGUCGCGACCGCGACGGAAGUCGUUAACGCUCACUGGAGUCGUGGAACGCCCCACGACGCCUGUCCCUAAGGAGGAGAUUGCGACGAUCAAGAUCACCAAGGUCGGCCUCCUUGGACGGCGAGAGGACCACCUACACGGCAACUCGCGACGUGCGAUCCGCCGAGGAUGGAAGAACUGGAGUGUCGUGCUUACGGGCGCGCAGCUGCUGUUCUUCAAGGACACGAUCUGGGCGCUGACGCUGGUCGAGAAGAUCCGGAGCGCGAACGGCGAAUCGCAGGCGGCACAGACCACGGCGUUCCAGCCUGACGAAGUUAUGAGCGUCAAGGACUGCGUCGCGAUCUACGACCGCUCAUACGCGGCCACGCCGUACACGUUCCGCCUGCUCAUGCCCGGUGGCAACUCGUACCUGCUACAGGCGUCGGACGAGCACCAGAUGAACGAGUGGUUGACUCUGAUCAACUACGCAAGCACGUUCAAGACGGCCGGUAUCCGCAUGCGUCCCCUCGGCAUGGAUGGCGACAAGGCGGUGCUCGCGGGCAACGCUGCCGCCGAGUCGCACCGCCGCGACCUCGCAGCCGGAGUGGGAAGUGUUGUCGAUUUGCUUCGGAGCGCAGAGAGCAGCAACUACACACGUGCCGUUGUGUUCGCGGAAUCGGAGACGCCGGAGCCGCUUGCGCCCAAGCCGCGAGCGUUACGCCGUGUCGGCUCCGUCCGCGCCACACCUACCGUCGACAUUCGUGGCGCCAACGACAUGGUCGUCGGCGGGAGCGAGCAGUUUGACGCCGUCAUGGGCUCGGUCCGCGAGGAGCUGCUGCGAGUAACGUCUCCCGUGCCGCCGAGCAGUGACGGCCCGACGCGCGCCGACCGACGCCGCGCGCUCAUCGAGAGCAAGAUUGGGGAGCUCAAGCUGCUGGCCGAGCCAGUGCAGGCAGCGCUGCAAGCCGACCUGCGCUUGGCGCGCAACCUGGCGCUUCUGACGCCCUUCCAGCGCGCAACGAAGGAGCGCAUCGAGGCCGCUCUCCCGGAACUCAGCGACCGCAUCCGCGCCGAUCGCAUGGAGCUCUCCAAGCUGCACCUCUGGAUUACCAUGCUGUUGAAGGACCAAGAACGGGAAGCGCGCGAAUGGUCGUGGGCGAAGAGCGUCGCGCUGCAGGCGGCCGAGAAGCACCUCGUCAAGACGAAGAGUGGGCGCCGUAACACGGUGGACAUUCUGGGCGUCCCGGAGCUGAGUUUGCCCGACGCCGACGACGAGGAGCACGAGCUGGAACUCAGGGUGGCUUCGCCGAUUCCCUUCCCGGAGCGCGAGGACGUGGCCAUCGGUGCGCUGGCGGCCGGCGCUGCGGGCGCGGGCGCCGUCGGUGUCGGCGUCGCUGGGACCAGCGGGGCGGGCCUGACAACAGGCCUGGCAGCGCAGGGCCACGGCCUCGGCCUCCCGCACCCUGCACCACAAUAUCCCUCCUACAGCGUGCCGCUGAAGGACGCGGAGCCCGCGAGUCCCCGCAGCCCCCGGUCGCCAGGCAGCGAGCGCAUGUCGCAGAUCUCGCAGGGCUCAGCAGGAGGCAGUGGGAGCGAGUACAUGUCCGCGCGGUCGAGUAUGCUCUCCUUCGAGGCCGAGCUGGACAAGACGUUUGGCCCGCGGUCCCCCAGCCUCUCGCUCUCGCCGAGCAAGUUCAAGAACAAGGCGCAGGCGCAGGCCCACACGCAGGCCAUGCUGACCGGCGCGCCGAUCCCGACAUCGCCGCCGGCAGUGCCCCAAAGUCUGGCGAAUCUGCAGCUGGGCUAUACGUCGCACCACCAUCUCUCCGAGCCGACGAGGCACUCGGCGCAGUGGCUACCCGACGAGCCCGCCGACUCGGCUCUGCCGCACACACCCUCCAACCCCUCUAAUCUCUCCAACCCCAGCUCGCAAGCGCACACCCCGUCCCAGCAACGACAGGAAUUCCCAGGCGAUCGGGACAGUGAGCUCCUGAAACCAGAAGAUCCGCGGGAACAAGCCGAACACUGGCGCCAUACCCGGGCCGCAUCGAAAGUGUCCCUGGCGAAAUUGCCCCGCAGCUCGAUUGGGGAACUGACGGAAAGGAUUCGACGGGAUAUCAGCUAG